AAGAAAAGGGUUGAAAUUGACAACAGGGAAAUAAACAUUAUUUUAUAUCCACGCAGCCGUCGUUUGCAGUGUCCUAACCGUGAACGUGACCCAUGAGGCAUGAGCGGUGCAGUCCGACAAAUCACUGUGACCACCGACCCAGGGAACCAUUAUUUCCUGCGAGUUGACUUUGCUGUCAACCUUAGUUCUGGGUUCACUAUCACUCUUUCCGAUGGCAUCUCUGCAUGGAACGGAGAAGUCUCAGAAGAUGAGGUUAGGAGGGAAGCCAAUGUUUUGGAGCUCCCAGUGGAGAGUUAUGAGGAAGAUCUUCAUCAAGUGCUGAUGGGAGGUGGACAGAAGAGACCCCAUGAUGUUGAUAUUUAUUCUUUUCAGCUCGAUCUGGAUUGCCUCAAACUCUCAUAUCACAAAAUGUGUGAUGAUGUAUCGGUGCGCUUAGGCUCCAUGAAGCUUCAUCCUGCUCCACACCCAGUGGUGCUUAUCCGAGAGAUGAUUGGUCAGUCGCUCAAAAGCAACACUGAAAUGGAGAAGGAAAACUUGCUGCUAUUGGAGGAUAACCAUAAACUGAAAGAGGAUCAUACGCAAAUACUAAAGGAGCUGGAACGUCAUGUUCAAGAUAAGGAGACAAUGACACAGGAUCUAUACGCCCAUUUUGUGAUGGUGCUCAAUGAGAAGAAGACCAAAAUCCGAAGCUUGCAGGAUGCUCUCAAACCAUUUGACAAUGUUCAGAAGAAGCAAAGAGAUAAUCCUGUCUCUGCUGGUGAAGAUGACAGUCCAGACACAAGAGAGGAGACAUUUCAGAGCAGUUAUUCAUCACAGGAACCCACCAUCCCUAUCACAGGACAUAAUCAGGAGAGCCAGGGUUUCUCCUUGGACCAUACCAUGUCCCUUGAUGAGAAUGUUCAACCAAGAUGGAAACCAACACAAACGCUUGACUAUGAGAGCUCAGGAACUUCUGAAAUGAAUUGAAAUCACAGGUUUGUCGUGGUACAAAAAAAGGGUGUUUCUUUUUAAAUUAGAUGAGAUUAUGUCUCUGAUGCUGACUGUUAAAAUAAUGUGGGCAAAAAAAAAAAAUCACAGGAUAUGCUGUAUGAGAAAUGGAUUAAUAUUUUUUUAAGUGUAAUACUGCUUUCAUGUAUUUAAAUACAGUACAGUAGAUCUCUAAACAUAUUAUAUUGUGUAAAAUGGUUCCAUUUCUUUGCUUUGUUGCUUCCUCUAUUAUUGUGUCCUCCAAGGGAUCCCCAAAUUUGACCCAAGAUUGCUUCCCGUAAAAUAAAAUUUAUGAAAAGUCACAUCUGGAUUGUUUUAAAUCUGCCUGGGCAAAGUGACGCUGUAAGCAUGUUCUCAGACGCGUCACUGAUCAUGUGAUAAAGAGGAACUGAACGCUCCUGGGAAUGGAUAGCGUUGCCAUUAAUUACUUGGAAAACGAGAGUCGGCAUGCGGAACAUGGAAGUCAUUUUUCAACUGUUGGACUUUGCCUUGAACUCUGCGGAUUUACAUCUUCUGCAGGAUACGCCCAGAAACAAAGUGUCAUCACUAGGCAACCGAUGUUGCGUUGUUGCAGCUUAUUUGUUAAAGCUUGCUGAGGCUUCAUCUCAUCUCCCCCUUGUUAUUGCCUUAAAGCUCUCCUAUCACAUUUUUUUUCACACUAA